AGUAUCACCUGAACAGUGUCUUUUUUCUGCUGAACAACACUUCCCGUAGAUACCUGACUACAAACCAAACCUCCUGCAGAUGGCCAGCCCGCAGUGACCUCGCUCUUUCACUCCUGCCUAGGUUGAACUUGAAGCGCGAACUUGGAAAGAAGCAUUAAAUUCCCUUACCAACUACAGAGUACAGGAGCAGAUUUCCCUUGAUGUUUGUCCGUGCUGUUGCCUGCUGAUGUAACGUUUUAACUGCCGCCUGAGGGACUCCCAUCAGCUUGCUUUUGCAGAGCCCUUGGCAGGGAACAUUGACCAGGAAGCGCAAUGAAGAUCGUGAUAGCCAAAGUGCUGUGUCUGCUGGGUGUCUGUGUCCUCAUGCUGGUUGGGUCCCUCCUACCCGUCAAGAUAAUCGAGGCAGAUUAUGAGAAAGCUCAUCGAUCCAAGAAGGUCAUUGCCCUCUGCAAUUCUUUUGGAGGAGGGGUCUUCCUGGCCACCUGCUUCAAUGCCUUGCUGCCUGCUGUGAGAGAAAAGCUCGGUGAAGUUCUCAGUCAGGGGAAUGUGACCACAGACUACCCCGUGGCUGAGACUAUCAUGAUGGUUGGCUUCUUUAUGACAGUCUUCAUUGAGCAGCUCAUCCUGACCUUCCAGAAGGAAAAGCCCUCCUUCAUUGACUUGGAGACCUUUAAUGCUGGCUCAGAUAUUGGGAGUGACUCUGAAUACGAGAGUCCCUUCAUAGCAUCUUCCCGAGGGCGCACGUUGUACAGCGAACACGGUCACCACUCCCACAGCCAUGGUCUGAACAUCCAGGAGCUCUCCCGGUCCAGUCCCUUACGACUCUUCAGCCUGGUGUUCGCUUUAUCUGCACACUCCAUCUUUGAGGGACUGGCCCUGGGCUUGCAGGAAGAAGGUGGCAAAGUCAUGAGCUUGUUCUUGGGAGUUGCUGUUCACGAGACAUUGGUGGCAGUGGCACUGGGUAUCAGCAUGGCCAAGACCUCAUUGACACUGAAGGAUGCUGCCAAAAUCGCCGUGACUGUGAGCCUGAUGAUUCCUCUGGGCAUUAGCAUUGGGAUGGGAAUUGAGAGUGCCCAGAAUGUGGCCAGCAACAUUGCUUCAGUGCUCCUACAAGGCAUUGCAGGGGGCACUUUCUUGUUUGUCACCUUCUUUGAGAUCCUUGCAAAGGAGUUAGAAGACAAGAAUGAUCGUCUCUUGAAGGUCCUCUUCCUGGUACUGGGCUACGCAGCUCUGGCUGGGCUGGUCUUCUUCAAAUGGUGAGCAUGGAAGUGAUGGGAGGAAAACCUUACCUCCUUCUCCAUGCAAAUGGCACCAGAAGUGAGCCCACUAUCCAGCCAAGAGUGGGCACUGAAGUUUAAAAGCCAAGCGAAACAUCACAGUCCAGGUGGUAUCUAGGUAUCGAUCUGAAGAAGGAGAAUUAUUUUCUGUGGACAUGGAGAGAGAUAAAAAUGAGGUGUGUCCCAGUGUGGAUGUCACAAGGUAUUGUCCCUGCCCGUUGGAUCUGCGUGUCAGCAGCUUGUGCAGAGAUUACUGGACACAAACAUUAAGUAUCUGAUUCUAACACUGCCUUCAAAGAGAACUCGUCAAGCAUGUCUUUCCUAUGAGUCUGCACAUCCAACCCCUUCCCUUCCUCCCCUCACACACCCAUUUCAGAAACUUUGGUUGAGAAUCUACUUCCUUCAGUCUCAGAUUCUGAGACAGUGAGAAUCGAUAACAGAGAAAUAAAGUAAAAAGCAGGUAGGAUAAUGAGUUGCAGAGCUGCACUAAGCGGCUUUUGUUAGCUUAGUUUUGAGCAAAACCUGGUUGUAAUAGCUGCCAGAAAUAACAUCCCUUCUGGGGCUGCUCAGUGUGACUGGUGCCACAGUUCUCUCCUAGCAGAGCUUCCAUUUUAACCCACAAACGGCUCUGGGAGCUUUUGUUUCUCAGAGUGAUUAACAGAAGAAAUGAGGCCAGGCCAUGCCCAGGUCCUGUACUUCAUUUUCUUUAUCUCACCCAUGUGUUGCACAUUCCCUAAAGGAAUCUUCCAGCUGUGUGUUAAUGUAUCAGUUUGAAAAUCUUAAUAUCCAUAUCUGAAGGCCCUUCCAAAGCAUUCUGUGAGCCUAGGAUCCAUUAGUUUUUAAGAAGUGGGCAGUAGGAGUUUCCAGCAUUAAUAUUUUAGGGCAAGUGCUUGUCUUGAGAUUGUCUGCAGUGAAAUGGGUUUAGCAGUCGCCAUCAAACCCAUCUGCAGGGAUGCUCUCAGAGCUGCUGCCUCUCCGUGUGAGCAGGCUCCCUGCUUGUACUGAUCUCUGAGCGAGAGCUGGGUUCUAGAGGUUUUGCAGGAUGUUUUGUCCGUGUUUUCAAAGGAGGAGAAAAAUCUUCUCUUCCCUGAAGGUUUAUGGGCUGUAGGGCAGGGACUGUGGAGGGCUGAUUAGAGCCAGUUAUAAUCUGACUGAGCUUGCUUUGUCUCCAAGGUGCAUUUCCCUCUGGGAGGCUCAGCCUGCUGUGGAUCGAGUUGUGAUCCUUCAUAUUCAUCUUCUUAGGUGAGAAGCUCAAAUCAAAUGCUGGAACAGGAACAUGCCCUUUCCUCUCCCUCCUGUGGUUUUGCUCUUGUGCUGCAUGCAAAGUAGCACAGGGAGGUGAUGCAAGAAAGCAGGUAGGUACACGAGCUCAAAAUGUCUGUAGCUCUCUCUCUCUCUGCAGACCAGCAGAGCAACACAAUAAUGCUCCUCGCAGGCCUCUGGUAGGAGAUGCAUUUUAAUUAGACAUAGCCUUCAAUCCUGCAGCGGCUUCCACAGGCAAAUCAAAGCUUUUGGAAGUGCUGAUGGAAUAAUAAUGAUUUAGGGCAGACUUCUCUGUGGUGCAAUUGCUGUUGUGAUGAGCCAAGUGGCAGGAAAGAUUGGUGAGACUGAGCGGCCAGCGGUUGGCACAGCUGCACCAUAUGGAGGCUGAUGGGGAUCAUAUAAUGGUUUCUGGUGGUCAGUGCUUUGAUCGUUACAACACACCAGAGUCAGUUAAUCUUGCUUUGAAAAACCUGGAGUGGGAAGGGAGAGGGAGGGUUAUUUUAGGCCUCAGAUGACACAAAUUAGCAAGGCUUGAUUAGAAUGUAAUUUGGCUUGACGUCGUGAACUUGUGUGUUAUUUCGCUUCUCACAGACAGCACACGAAGAUUGAGUGUGCCGGACAGCAGUUGAAUCACAGCCAUUCCCAUCUGGUGUUUCUCUUGCUUGCCGACUGGGCUGGCUUUUGUCACAGGCAGCUGGCACACAUGGGGAAAGGUCAGGUGUGGUGCUGUGUUAGGAAGUGAAACAGCAUGCGUCUCUUCUCAGGUACGUCCUCUUGGAGAGGACAUUGCGCUUCUAAAGGCCAGGAGAAACCUCCCAGCUCAGAGCAGUUGUUUUUUUGUUUGGAAAUAGUUCAUCUUACUAGCACAGCCUUUGUUCCCAGGACUAGAUCCAUCCUUGUGCAGAGCUGGGAUUGGUGUUGCAGGACAAGCAGCCAAGAAAAAGGCCUUGCUGAGCUACAACCUCUUUCCCUGCAUUGUGGAUCCACUUGAUUGUUGCUUCUCAAGUGCACAGGCUGACUGCAGUCACUUUACCUACGCGCCCUGUGUCCUUUAGUUUCUGGGGAUAAUGGUUUUCUUUUAGUCUUUUUGUUUGUUUGUUUGUUUUUUAUUUAUUAGUUGGCUAAAUGCAAGCAUUUCCAAGAGCGUUGGUGAGGAUGGGGGUCUGGCUGGCUGGAGCACUGCGUGACAGCCCUCAGCAAGGAGGGCUCUCUGAGUUUGAGAACGUGAGUGGGGUUUUCUCCAGGAGGCUUUGGCUGUUGCAGAGAGAUUGCACGUCAAAGACGGAUGAUAUUUACUGAUAUUUUACUGUGGAGGAUGUGGGAGUAUCUCUGACUUUAUUAAUUUGAGGCCGUAAACAGGAACUUUUCAUAGUGACAUGAUGUCUAGCGUUGGUGGGAAUGGCUUUGGAAAUAGGGACUUGGCUGCAUUUGAAAGAGGGGGUAGCAGCAGAGCUCAGCUUCCCGGCCUGGCCGUUGCGGCCGUUCUCUGCACGCCAGUCUGAUACACACCGAUCAAAGCCAUAGAGAUUUCUUAAGCAGCCCCAUCUCCAGCACCCAAAAGGUCAGUGGGCACCUGCUGAGGAGCGUGAGCUGGGCCCCCCCGCAGGGCUGCUGCAGGGGACAGGUCUGGGGAGAGGCGGGCGUUAACGGCUGAGGGGCCGGGGAGCCCCAUCCGCAGUGCACGACCGCAGGGGUCCCCCAGGAGGAAGCCCGAGCCCGGGGGAGCGGGGACCCCCUUUUCCUUUGGGAUCGGGCCUCGCAGGAGCCAAGUGUGCAGUGGCCUGGUGAGCCGGGGUGGGGGUUGCAAGGUGUGAUGAGAUGGUUACCCCCUUUCCUGCCGUGCUUAGGGUGCUUCUGGUGUUCGAGGGGAACGUUUAUGUAACUGUGUGAGUGGUGGAAUUCUGUAUUCUUGGGCUUAUUCGGAAAAGGAGAAGAAAUCUGAUCUCCUUCUCCCAAUAAACGCUCCAGCCUUC